UCUGUUUCAUUCUCACAGUGCAGCCAUGGCUGACAGGGGCAACAGGAGGGACGAGUUUCUGAAACAGCAACAGGCUUACAAAAUAAAUGCCUUCAACCUCAUUUGUAAGAUGCUGGAGUGGUGUAGGACAAGGGAAACAAAACUCUUGAUGGAUGAGAUGCUUCACAGCAUCUUCUUUCUGGCGAAAAUCUGCGUUGUCCCCUUUUCUCCAGAAGAAAUUAUCCCAGAUAAAGAGAUGCUGCAGAAGUUGUUGGCAUCAUAUCCUGAGCCUGUGAAGCAUCUGUCCAAGCUCCCCAGGAGGACUCCAUUCUCCUGUGUGCUGGAUAUGGUCAUUUUGAUGGGAAACCGUGAAAAUGAAGCCGCGGUGAAGACGAGUCUGCAAGAGAUUGCCAGGAGUCUGGAUGCAAUGUUUCCUGUCUCAACAACUAUCUGCAUCUCUCAGAAUACCAAGAAUUCGAUGAGACACUAUGGAGUGUCCAUGUCCACCACUGACCAGAAUCAGCGGGCGAUCAUGAUCACUGCCUCCUGCUGCGGCCCCUGGGAUGAUUAUGUAUCUGGUGCGGUCAUGACCUUCCUGUCAAACAAGAAAAAAAAAAAGGACACCCCGGAAUUUAAUGGGGCCAUUAAACUACCGGCGUACGUCAGAUGCCAGGCUUUCGACCUCCGCACCGGUAGCAUAAAGCCUGCCUGCCGAUCAUGUGGGGAAAUGUUUGGCCUGCCCACAAAUGAAACGCACGGCUGGCAUCAUGGUAACUGUGCCGAAGCUGAGAGUUUGAGCAACCUGCUUAAACAUGACAAAGAGGUGAAAGGAGAUGUGAGGAUCCCAUCUCCCAAAGGCACAGAGGAGAUCAGGAAGAGGGUCCAAACAGAUGUUUGUCAGAAGCUCAAGGAGAUUCUGGCAAAUAACCCUUAUCGCAUGACUUGGAGGGGUGAUUUCUACACUGCAUCAGCUAUGUAACUGUGAAGAGAGACAGAGAGAGAUGACUUGGCUCUUAUUAAAAUAUAAAUUUUACCUAUCUGCUUUGAUCUAACCCUUCGUCAUGAUGUUCACUACUCUGCCUCCUCACAGUCUUUGGGCUCAGCUGCAGUAAUGAUGACGAUGCUUUUAUUGCAGCAAUAGCAACAAACUCAGAGUGUUUCUUCUAAUGUUGCCUGCAGGACCUGUAAGACACAAUGUCAUCAACUGUACUGUAUAAAACUAUACUGUUAACCUUACUGUCUAAUGUGUGAAUAAAUGUCAUGCA